CUUACGCAAAAUUAGGAGGAAUUCCCCGAUAAUCGACAAAUUCUCACAACACUUAACAAUAAACAACAAAUACAUGCACGCUGUAGUGUGCGAUUGACGCAUUUCAGUCUAAAGCCGCCUUUAAUUUCUUGUGUUGCUAAGAUAAAAUGAUCCGCAACAUACACAGUUUCUGCCAGUGUUGAUGAUCACCCAGUCCGGUUCAGUUACUUUUAGUUGUUAAGUGUUUAUAUAUAGACUUAUUUUUUUUAUUCUUAAAAUGGCAGCCAUAAUUGGACAAGUCAUCGUAUUGGUGUUGGUAGCUGGAUAUUUCAAAGAUGUGACCUCUCAAGAACUGCCAGUGAACCAAGCUUGUUUGGGUUGCAUUUGUGAAGCAAUUUCUGCUUGCAAUACUACCAGUAUUUGUUCAGGUGAUGUAUGUGGACCUUUCAGAAUCACUUGGGCUUACUGGGCAGAUGCUGGAAAACCUACUGUACGACAGCAAUCACCUGAAGAAACUACGGCCUACGCAAAUUGUGCAGGAGAUACCUACUGUGCAGCUUUAGCGGUACAAGGAUAUAUGAGGAGAUUCCAACAGGACUGUAAUGGUGACAACAAAAUAGAUUGCGACGAUUUUGCCACAAUCCACAAAAUUGGAGGAUACGGAUGCAAAGGAGUGGCCUUGCCAGAGCCCUAUGGCCAGCGGUACAGACAAUGUAAAGAGAUCGUGGGACAACAAAACUACUAAAUAAUAAAUAUUUAUAAAAUAAGGCUCAUUAAGCUGUGACUGUUUAUAAUAUACCACGACUAUUUGUAGGGUACUGAUUUUCAUUAAUCAAUUUGUGACUAAACAAUUAUACUUUUUUGUACUUUUUAGA